CAAAGAAUUUGUUUGUUUUUUUUUUUCUGUCAGUGCUAAACAAAACUGAAAAACCUAAAGAUAAGAAGACAUAGAAUGAUAUCAGAAGCUUCAAUUGAAAAUAAAAAGAUAAAAUAUUAGUGAAUUCAUUUCUCUUCGAGUAAGAAUUGUGCCCUGUAGAAAAACACAAUUCCACAGGCUCCAUUUAGUUGUUAAUUGUUGAAAAGGCAAGUUUUAAAAACGUUUAGGAACAAUAGUGAUGGACAGUCAGCCACCAGCCGAUGGACACUUAUUAGACAUUGUUGAUAAUAAGUGGCGCGAAGAAGAGCUACCAUUUGAUCAGAUACUAGUACCGGCCGACAAAUUACCCGAUCCCGAAGCAGAUGGUGGUGAUUCACACUUAACUCUAAGUGAACAGGAACAAAAAUGGACUGAUUUGGCUCUUGGUUCUCUUGCGCCCGAAUCAUCUCUAAACGAUCAAUUAAAUUUAACCACGUUCUAAGAAGGCAAUUCCCAACGCUUCUUAGUAUUAAUUGCAGCAAUCUGUUUAUUUCAAC